CUUGCAAGCAUUUUCUUCUUUACUGCAAGCAUAUUUUUCUCUCCCUCAUUCCCUUUCUUUCGCUUUCUCAACAAAGACCUUUUGUAGGGGAGUGCAAGAACCACCAAGACUGCAGUGAAAAGCAAACACAGAUAGAGAGCAGAAUGAAUGCGUGAACGGGCUCGGGGGUGAACCGCCUCGCCGGUCGCUUCAAAAUUGGAUGUUUGAGGGCGCCUUUUCGGAAGGAAGAAUCAAAAGGAGAGAGAGAGAAAAGGGGGGAAGGUAAAAUAAAUGAUAAUUAUGAUGUGUGAAUAGACAGAGAAAAGAAAAGUUUUGUUAAUGUAAAAAGAAAAAGGUAAAUCGGGUGGGUUUAAAAAGCGUCUUAUCGCAUUAAGCUUUAAGACAAGACUACGAGUUACACACUCGAAGACACGUAAAAAUAAUAAAUAGCUAGAUCAGCAUAUAAAUACAUAGAAUAGAAAUUAGAUCAUCAUAAAAAAGACGGGAAAGGCAAUACCUCCAUCCCAACCACCCAAAAAAAAAGAAAAAAAGAAAAAAAUACCGAACAAGGAAAAGCAGAAAUUUUUCCAUUCCCUGACACUCAGACUGUGAAACCUUGCCAAUCAGAGGCAGGGAGUGAUUGCGCGGCAGGAUGACGAGAACAAUGGAUUAUUACGAAAAACAGAACAAUCACCCAAACCACGGAGUCCACAACACCGACAUAGGGGUGUCCUACACACCAAGCACCGACAGCCCCGGCCUCUGCGCUUUCAUCCUCACCAUCAUCUCCUAUCUACUUAUUAUAGCUACCUUCCCUUUCUCGCUAUGUCUCUGUGUAAAGGUGGUCCAGGAGUACGAGCGAGCCGUCAUCUUCAGGCUCGGUCGUCUGCUCAAGGGCGGCGCCAAAGGGCCUGGCAUCUUCUUCAUCGUCCCCUGCAUCGACUCCUACAGGAAGGUUGACCUCCGAACUGUCUCCUUCGAUGUGCCGCCACAAGAGAUCCUGUCGCUGGACUCUGUUCCGGUCUCUGUGGAAGCAGUCAUCUACUUGCGAGUGUGCAACCCAACCAAUGCUGAAACCAACGUUGAUGACUACAGCCACUCCACCCGUCUCCUGGCCGCCACCACCCUGAGGAACGUCCUCGGCACACGCAACCUGGCUGAGAUCCUGAGCGAGAGGGAGUCCAUCUCCGCCACAAUGCAGAGCUCCCUGGACGACGCCACAGACCCCUGGGGCGUCAAGGUGGAGAGAGUGGAAAUCAAGGACGUCCGCCUCCCGGUGCAGCUGCAGCGCGCCAUGGCAGCCGAGGCCGAGGCCGCCCGAGAAGCCCGCGCCAAGGUGAUCGCCGCCGAGGGAGAGCAGCGCGCCUCCAGGGCCCUCAAGGAGGCCGCCGAGGUCAUCAACGAGUCGCCGGCCGCCCUCCAGCUCCGCUACAUGCAAACCCUGAACGCCAUAAGUGCAGAGAAGAACUCAACCAUUAUAUUCCCGCUGCCAAUCGACCUCCUCUCCCAUUACAUGAAGAGUGGGAACGGAAACGGCAAGAGAAAGACGAAAAGCAAGAAGGAGGAUGUUCUCUCCGACGAUGAAUAGGGCACACUAAAAAGUUCGAGAUACACAAGAGAUUCCACUUUGAGAUGUACUGCCAAGCUAGCCUUCAGUUAGAGCCGUGUAGUUUUAUCUUAGCCAUUUUUGAUCCGAGCUGUAAAUUCUUUGGCUACUUCAGCUAAUGUUGUUUUCGGAGCCGGUGGAGGGGCGGGGGUAGAGCGAGGGAGAGGGAGAGGGGGGGAGG